CAUCAUUUCCAUGCUUUUUUUUUAUUUUUAGAGUUACUGGUGUCCAGGCUCGUUUACACGAUUUCUUUGCCAUGAGCAUUUUGCAAGGCUUGCAUUACGGAGAGUGAGCAUUUUAUCUGGUAUUAGUUUCCGUCUUUCCGACUACCGGGCCGACAACUUAAAAUAAUGAGUAAAAAAAAGACGGAAACUCCACACGCCAGGCUGCGGAAAUCCAUGCAGUCGCUACUUGAAGAAUACUAUCUGCCUGUGAACGGUGCACUUGACACAUUUCCGCGGCACUGGGAGAUCUUUGGUGAUCUUAUUCUCUUCCCUGAAGAUGCAUUCACUGCUGACUGCUGGAGAGGAAUACAGGAGAAAGUGUAUGAUGCCAUUUGCACAGUAUUUAAGGUAUCGCGGAUUGCUCGGCAUGGACGAAUCCUCCCCGGUGACUAUCGCAGUCCACAGGCACAGAUGCUGCGAGGAACUUGUACUUGGGUCCGGAAAAAAGACAACGGGAUUAUCUACGAAUUUGAUCUCAUGUCUUGCAUGUUUAGCUCGGGCAACAUCACGGAAAAGAUACGGAUGUCUACGCUAGCAUGUCAGGAUGAGUGCAUUGUGGAUCUCUUUUCUGGUAUCGGGUAUUUCACUAUUCCUCUACUAAAAGCUGGAGCAAAAUGGGUGUACGCUUGCGAAUGGAACCCGGCAUCGGUGGAGGCUUUGAAGCGAAAUCUCAGAUUGAAUGGUGUCGAGAAGCGGUGUGAGAUACUGUUUGGUGACAAUCGAAAGAUGUGUCCAGUGAAUGUUGCUGACCGUGUCGUUCUGGGGCUUAUUCCCUCUUCCGAAUUGUCUUGGGAAACGGCUUGCAAAGCUUUGCGUUCUGCUUCCGGUGGAAUUCUCCAUGUUCAUAUGAAUGUCGAGGAGUCUGACGCUUCAGAUUUGAAAUCUGCUUGGAAUGCUGAGAAUCCACGAAUAACGUUUAAUUUUUCGGUCCAUUUUAAAUUAUCAUGUUUUAAAAAUUUCGCGGUUUACAUAUUAUCAAAACUGGUUUCAAUCUGUGAUGGUGUGCACGGUGGUACAUGGACUGGUCAUCUCUUGCAUUUGGAGGUAGUGAAAUCCUAUGGGCCGAAGAUUUAUCAUUGUGUGUACGAUGUAAAGAUGUCUCCGACAGCUUGUUUAGGAAAAUUUUUGUAAACAGUUGGAUUAUACCAUGCGGAAUAAAG